AUGGCGUCUGAUUCUGAGGAUUCCACCAUUCCAGAGGUUGCGGCACCAAACGCCCUCGAUCCUUAUGCUAAUCCCCUCUAUCUCCAUGCUGCGGAUUCUUCAAGCAUCUCCUUGGUGACUGAUCGUCUGGUUGAUGAAUCUAAUUACAACGUCUGUGCCACCUCAAUCGUCCAGAUCUUGACGGCGAAGAACAAACUCGGCUUCAUCUUCGGUACUGUUCCCCAACCCCCUGAAAAGAGUUCUGAUUACGGUGCUUGGCUUCGAUGCAACGCCAUGGUUGGUACAUGGAUCAACAACUCCGUUACUCCUGAGGUUAAAUCCAUGAUCAUCUAUAUCCCUGACGCUCAUAAAAAAUGGCUGACCCUGGAAACCCGUUAUAAGCAGAAGAAUACUUCAAAAAAAUUUCACAUCGAACAGCAAAUUGAACUGUUACAGCAAGGGGCCAUGGAUUUAAAUGCUUUCUUUACAAAGCUUAAUUCCCUCUGGGAAGAACUGAAGAUGCAUGACCCUGUUCCUAUUUGCACCUGUGGAUUUUGCUCUUGCAAUUCUAAAGGACGUUUGACAGAGUAUCUGGAUAAAAAGAACGUUGUUAGUUUCCUAAUGAAACUUAACGAAUCUUUUCAUUUGGCCCGCCGACAGAUACUUAUGUUAGACCCACUACCUGACAUUUCACGUGUCUAUAGUAUGAUCACUCAAGAGGCCCACCAACGACAGGCUUUGCCAGCUGUUCCUGACUCAGUAGCUUUUCAAGCCCAUUCUGCUUCUGCUUAUAGGCCCCGUUCAUCUCAGCCCUCCAAGUCACGCCCUUAUUGCACUCACUGUGGACUUCAGGGCCACACAAUCUCCCGCUGCUACAAGCUUCACGGUUACCCUCCCGGCGUUCAUCCUUCCGGUAACAAAUCUGGUUUGUUGCCCACUCCGAAACUGGGUUUCUCUGAUAAAACUCAGCCCUCCGUCAACAUGGUUGAUGUCGAGACUUCUGGUUCCCAGUCUUCCGCUGUGACGUCUCUUGGCGAUUCCCAUCUCGCCCAAGCUCAGGUUCUAUUCGACCAAUUUCAGGCUCAGCUCAAAGGGCUUAGCACUCUCGCUUCGGAUUCUAAUGUUGCAGCUGCUGCCAUACCCUCUACCACCCCUCUCCCACCACCAGGACCCUACUCGGGCCUUGAUGAUUGGGAAGGGUAGUCUUCAUCAGAACCUUUACUUAUUCAGUGUGAAUGGAGCUUCUUCUUCAUCCUCUGUUUAUCCAUCUGCUCUAUGCACGACUUUAUCUACAACAGCAUCACUUGACCUCUGGCAUAUACGCCUCGGUCAUCCAUCCUUUUUACGCAUCCAAGCUCUGGGCAACUCAUCUCAGCUCGUUUUACUUCCUCAAAAGAGCAACUCUCUCACUGCUCCAUUUGUCCCAUUGCCAAACAACGUCGACAUCCAUUUCCUUCCUCGGGAAAUUUGUCUAAAGCACCCUUUGAUCUAGUUCAUUUAGAUAUCUGGGGUCCUUUUCACGUUUGUUCUGUCAAUGGUCAUAGAUAUUUUCUUUCAAUUGUGGACGAUUGCACCAGAGUUACUUGGAUCUACUUAUUAAAGAAUAAAAGUGAUGUUGUUUCUUAUUUUCCUCAGUUU